AUCAAAAUUUCGACUAUUUAUCCUGCUUUAAUUGAGAGCAACGAAGAAACAUUUAUUAAUCAAACUCAACUUGGAAAUGGUGCAAUGCGAUCAUUAACUGCAUUGUUAAUUACACUUAUUCCAGAUUUAACUGCAG